CACCCCGGGUUACCUGAUAGCUGUUCGAAGUUAUCACUUUUCUCAUUUUGUUCCGGGGACUUUCAAUCAUUAGUAUAAAUCUUAAUUCCGUUGAGAGAGGUGUCCUUUUUAGACGCUCUGUUAAAAAUAUUGUCCAUUCCGAUGGUCCAAAAGCACUACUCUUCAUUUGUUUUGUACGUAACUUGCAUUGAAAAAGCAAGGGAGCAAGAAACGUUGGAUCCUACAAACUUGUUUUGCUACUGUCCAGCACAGCACAAGGUUUAAAUUAAAUUUUUAAGUAAAUUAUAUUAAGUGCGUUUUUUUGUGUUUCUCGAGGUUAAAGUGCCAAAUAUUACUAAGCUGGCCGUUCAAGGGGAAUUCGGAGACGUUCAGGCAAAGGAGCGAGAUAAGGGAUAAACUGAUUAAAAAGGUGACAUCGUAGACUGAUGAAUUCUGCACCAAAAAUGACAGGUGAAAUAAUUGACGUACACAACAGCGACAACCCCCAGACCAGGGUUGCUUUGGUUCGUCAGAUUAGCGCAACAGUAGGAGCAGGACAACCAAUACCCACACCCAUUACUGCCCCUGGAAAUUUGCAGUGUCCUCUGGAAUUCUGGAUCCAAUCCCAAUCUUUCCAAACUGAAACAUCACCUCUUCUGCAAAAAGGACCAUUACCACCUAAACUAGAUUACUGUGCCAUCCCCGGUGAAAAUCUUUUGUCCAAAGCACCAGAAGAUGUUCCUAAAAUCAAAGAAACCGAUGAAGAUGAAAAGAGUGAGACGAUUUGUUCUAUUUCUUGCCAAGUGUUCAUACCUUUUAUGAUUGCUGGUUUUGGCACUGUAGCUGCUGGCCUUUUAUUAGACAUCGUGCAAAGCUGGGACGUAUUUACCCAAGUGCCAGAAAUGUUUGUUAUGGUGCCAGCACUAUUAGGAUUAAAAGGAAAUCUUGAAAUGACAUUAGCUUCUCGAAUCUCGACAUUAGCAAAUUUAGGAAGCAUUGACACUUCAAGAGAGCAAUGGAGAAUGGCCCUUGGAAACAUAUGUUUAUUACAAUGUCAAUCUCUAGUCCUUGGCCUGAUAUCAUCGGUGUUUGCAUCAGCUGUGGGAUGGAUCAGAGAGGGAGAAUUCAACUUCCACAAUGUUCUUCUACUCGCUUCAAGCAGUUUGGUAACAGCAUCCAUUGCAAGCUUCUUAUUAGGUACUGUGACAAUUUGUGUGGUGAUUUUUUCACGCAAAAUUAAUGUCAAUCCAGAUAACGUAGCUGCACCAAUAGCUGCAUCUCUAGGGGACGUUGUAACUCUAGCACUUCUUGCUUACAUCUCUACUUUUAUAUUUGAAAGAUCAGGUGAAUACAUUUGGGGUGAAGCAGCUCUGCUGAUUUGUCUCUUUUGUCUGAUUCCAUUAUGGGCGGUUCUUUCUUACAAAAAUAUUUACACUAAGCAUGUUCUUUAUUCCGGGUGGAUUCCUAUCAUCAGCGCAGUUGCAAUAUCGAGUGGCGGUGGUUACAUACUAAAUUUUGCUGUUGCAAGAUUCAAAGAACUAGCAGCUUGUCAGCCAGUCAUCAACGGUGUUGGGGGUAAUUUAGUUGCAGUACAAGCAUGCAGAAUUUCAACUUAUCUUCAUCAAAAAAUGAAGCCAGGUUUAUUGAAAUGUGAGAAACUUUGCAUUAGUCCCUUAGAGGCUUGGUUUGGAAAAUCUUCCCAUGCUCGAACCUGUCGCAUUCUGAUUCUCAUGGCUAUUCCCGGUCAUCUAAUCUUCAUCUCUUGUGUACAUUUCCUAAAAAGCACCUACACUCCACUCACAGCAGAAUUCCUACUAUUCUACCUCGUCGCUGCACUAUUGCAAGUGGCACUGUUACUCUACAUGGCACACUGCUUCGUGCUCUGGCUCUGGAGAUGGGGAUUCGAUCCCGACGAUGCUGCCAUCCCUUAUCUGACAGCUUUUGGUGAUUUGAUUGGGACUGGAUUCCUACUUAUCGCCUUCAUUGCCAUGGACGCGGUCUAAAUAUCCUUCCCCUCCAUUCUAGUCGAAUAUUAACUUAUUUUUAUUGAAAAAAAUAAACGUAUAUAUACAAUGCAUUUUACUCUAAAAUUUAUAUUUUUAAAGUUUUAUUUCAUAUCUCUUAUCUCGACAUCGUAUUUAUUUAAAAAGAGAAUUGCAUGCUUUGUAAUUGUCAUCAAUAAAGAAAAACGCACUA